CACAGCGCUGCUCGUUGCGCUCUCGCCGAACAAAUGGUGCCCGACUUCGCUCGCGUCCGUCCCGCAUCCAUCUGCGCCGUGCAGCUUUGCACCACCACGUCCCUUUGCACUGUACGGUUUUGCACCGCUGCGGCGUUUCCCCAGCUUUAUUUCUUCUUGCAGUGUUUUUUGUUUUGUGAUUUUUAUUUUAUUUUAGCGGGGCGGGAGGAUCUCUGCGGUGCUGUUGCGGGUGCUCCAGGGCCGGGCGCCGGGCACAGCUCUUUGGACCGAGCGGUUAAUGGAUAACUGCGGGGCCGGGUCGGGCGCUGCGGGACGGAGUCACCGUGAAGCAAUGGCACGUCUAGAGAUGGAAGGAAACCAGAUAAACCUGGACAACCUUGAGAAAGGCAUAGACAACUCUGCUUUCAGCUCCCUGGGUGAGGAGGAGCUCUGCGAGGAACAUGAUAGUCCACAUGGUGGGAAUGAGAGGAAGAGAAGAGAAGGCAAUGGGAGAGUUGCUUCAUACUGCAGGAAGGCCCUGCAGCCAGCCUCCAAGGCAAAGAGAUUCUGCAAGGCUCACGCCAAGGCAUUGCGAAGGGUCUGCUGGGGGCUCCUUGGAGCAGCCUACCUGUGCUACUUCAUUGCGGCGUGUUGGCUCAACUUCCAGCGAGCCCUUGCCUUGGUCAUUAUCACUGCGGUGGUCAUCUUCUUCAUGUGCUGGAGCCUCUUCAAGAAGUACUGUGGGGCAAAGGUGUUGACACUCCUCAGCCCCCUUUGGAAAUGCUUGCAGAAGUCCUGGCCAUGGCUGAAGUGGCUGCUGUAUGUGCUCCUCCUGGGAGGCCUGGUGACGUGGCUGGCUUUGGACACGGCCAAGAAGCCAGAGCAGCUCAUCUCCUUAGCUGGCUUCUGCGUUUUGGUGCUCUUCCUGUUUGCCUUCUCCAAGCACCACAGCGCAGUGUCCUGGAGAGCUGUUUUCUGGGGUCUUGGCUUGGAGUUUUUAAUUGGACUCUUCAUCCUUCGAACAACCCCUGGCAUUCAGGCUUUCCAGUGGCUGGGUGACCAGAUCCAGGUCUUCCUGGGCUAUACCAAAGCUGGCUCUAGCUUCGUUUUUGGGAAUACCCUCAUUGAAGACGUCUUUGCAUUUCAGAGUCUGCCCAUCAUCGUUUUCUUCAGCUGCGUGAUGUCCAUCCUCUAUUACCUCGGUGUCAUGCAGUGGCUCAUCCUCAAGAUCUCCUGGCUCCUCCAGAUCUCGUUGGGCACCACCCCUACUGAGACGUUGAGCGUGGCAGGGAACAUCUUUGUGGGACAGACUGAAGCCCCGCUGCUCAUCCGCCCAUACCUUGCAGACAUGACCCAUUCUGAGAUCCACGCCGUGAUGGCUGGUGGCUUCUCCACCAUUGCAGGCAGUGUGAUGGGAGCCUACAUAUCCUUUGGGAUAGAUGCGGCAUUGCUGAUUGCAGCAUCUGUGAUGGCUGCACCCUGUGCCCUUGCCAUGUCCAAACUGGUCUACCCUGAAGUGGAAGAGUCCAAGUUCAAGGGCAAAGAAAGCGUUCGUAUCAGCAGUGGGGAAGAGCGGAACAUCCUGGAAGCUGCCAGCAAUGGGGCUGCCGCCUCCAUAGGACUCGUGGCCAACAUUGCAGCCAACCUCAUUGCUUUCUUGGCCGUGCUGGAGUUCAUCAACGCUGCCUUGCGCUGGUUUGGGGAGAUGGUGGAAAUCAAAGACCUCUCCUUCCAGAUGAUCUGCUCCUACGUCCUCAUGCCUGUGGCCUUUCUCAUGGGGGCAGAUUGGGCAGACUCGCCGCUGGUAGCAGAGCUGCUAGGGAUCAAGAUCUUCCUGAACGAGUUUGUGGCGUACCAGCAGCUAGCCACGUACAAGAGGAACCGGCUGUCAGGCCUGGAGGAGUGGAGCGGGAGCAGGAAGCAGUGGAUAUCUGAGCGUGCUGAAAGCAUCACCACCUUUGCACUCUGUGGAUUCGCCAACCUAAGCUCCAUUGGGAUCAUGCUGGGAGGCCUGACCUCCAUGGUUCCUCACCGCAAGAGUGAGCUGGCUUCCAUUGUGCUGCGAGCCUUGCUCACGGGCAUCUGUGUCUCCAUGCUCAACUCCUGCCUCGCAGGCCUCCUCUAUGUGCCAACAGAGAUGGGCAACUGCGUGACCAUCCUUAUCAACGCCAACUUCACCUCUACCAACUAUAACAUAUACACAUGCUGCAAGCAGCUGUUUGCGAGCACGGUGCUCGAGAAUGGGACGCUCUACUUUACGGGAGCCUGGGACAGCGUGCCGGAGAGCCUGCCAUGCCUGACAGGGUGCUGCGGGCACUACAACCACACUUACUGCACGGCAUGAACCCAGAGAUACCACCCCCAGGGAGCACUGCAGUCUGCACAAGCUGACUUCAAAGGCAGAAAAAUCCCCAACAGCUAGACAGAAAUCACCAUGCACCUUGUAACUAGCAUCCCUAGAUGCUGGCCCCACGGACAGAGGGGAAACUGAUUGCAAAUAAACUACAGAAAUCCC